AAAGAGGUGUCUAACUGCCAAUAACAAAAAGGACCUCAUUUAAGUUUGUCUCGUUCGAUUUAAUUAAAUAAAUAAUAAGAAUUUAUUUAAAAUAUUAUAAUUAAUUCAUAAUUUUUUUUAAAAAAAUAUUAUGUCAAAAUAUAAAAUAUUCUCAACUCUCUUCCACGCUACUCUCCCCAUCUUUUGUUCUUCAUCUGUAAGCGUAUCCAAAUCAAUCAUCUUUCACGUUUUUCUCUCCGUCUCUGUAAGCAUGUAAAUUAAAAUACUUUCUCAUAAACACCUUCUCAGAUGCCUUGCAAAAUAUUAAACUUUUUUAAUAUAUAAAAAUAUAAAAAAGGUUUUUGUCAUCAAAUACAUAAAAAUAUAAAAAUUUAUUUAAAUUUGUUAAAUAUUUUAAAAUAUUAUAUCAAAUUAAUAUAUAUUAUAUAUAAUUUAUCUCACUAAUUACCUUAAGUUAAUAAUAUAUGGGAGAGCUCAUAACUAACUACAUAUCUUAAAAUUAUUUACUAGGUUUGGGCUUUCGGUGGAGAUUAAACCUUUGUUCGUCUAAAGGACAAAAGAAAACCAAAUUAAGUCCAUUACAAUAAAGUAAUAUAUAUAUAUAUAUAUAUAAUAUGAUUUUCGGAGAUCUUUACACCAAAGUUUCCUUAUUUUAACCCCGUUACACUUGUUAAUAAUUUUAACUCCAAUUCUCCUAGGAGACAAGCUCAACCAAGGAUAGGAAAGUAGUAUGAGUGGAUAACAAAACACACUUUUCACUCUCUGCGUUCCUUAUUUUGCUCUUCUUUCACUGCACCACCCAGAAUCCGAAGAACAGAAAUGGCUACUUCAACCCCAACGCCCGCUUCGCUUUCCUUCUCCUCAUCGUCCCUUUUCCUCUCUUCUUCCUCCACCAAACUCCCCCGCCUUUCUCUCUCCUUCAAAACCUCCUUAAAGCCCAACCUCUGCAUUGCUUCCCAACUUUCCACAGUCCCCAUUCUGUCCUUCGCCGGCGAAAAAAUCGGCGAAACCUAUCUCGACCUCAAGUCGGCACCACCCGAAACCGCUCGAGCCGUAGUUCACCGGGCAAUCAUCACGGACCAACAAAACAAGCGACGUGGCACCGCCUCCACCCUCACCCGCGGCGAAGUCCGAGGUGGUGGGAAAAAACCCUACCCCCAGAAGAAAACCGGGCGGGCCCGUCGUGGGUCUAUGCGCAGCCCUCUGCGGCCCGGCGGAGGUGUUAUCUUCGGGCCCAAACCUAGAGACUGGUCAAUUAAAAUCAACAAAAAGGAAAAGAGAUUGGCGAUUUCGACGGCAUUAUCCAGUGCUGCCCAGAACACGAUAGUUGUGGAGGAAUUCGGGGAUAAAUUUGAGAAACCGAAGACGAAAGAUUUUAUUGAGGCGUUGAAGAGGUGGGGAUUGGACCCGAAGCAGAAAUCGAUGUUUUUGAUGAUGGAAGUGCCGGAAAAUGUGAAUUUGUCGAGUCGGAAUAUCGGGACUUUGAGAAUGUUGACGCCGAGGACGCUUAAUUUGUUUGAUAUCUUGAAUUGCGAUAAUCUGGUGUUGACUCCGGAUGCAGUGGAUUAUUUGAAUGGAAGGUAUGGGGAAGAUUAUGAAGGGGACACUGAAGAUGAUGAUGAUGAAGAAGAAGAAGAAGGAGGAGGUGAAGAGGCAGAUGAGAAUGCUGAUGCAGCACAAUGACCUCCUCUUCCCUCAGUUAACCUAUAAGCCAUCACAUCUCGCAUGGCCUGAUUAUUUUUCUGCUGUGCCUAAAUCAACAAUUCUUGCAGGCUAGUUUUGGUAAAUUUUUUUAGUGUAUUAUUUCUGUAUCUUUGCACAUCUGUACAAAUUUGUAUCUAUUUAGUUCAUCAAUGUUGUAACAUUCUUCCAA